CAGCUGCUUUGGUCUAGCUGGGCACACUCGGAGCACAUCGAUCAACUAUGAGUCUCUUGCAGAAUUUGACGUUAGCAGUGCCACCUGACUUGUAUUUGUUCAUGUGAACACUAUGUUCUGUAAUCAGGGCAUUCAACCCGUAACUGUUGUUUUUAACAACACAAAAAACUGCUUUCUUCACCUCUCCUCGAAGUUAGCGUUGCAUCUUUCCUUGAACGAGAAUCAGGCUUUGGAGUUGUCAUGGGACCACGGAUCUCCAGUUUUCCUCAGCUGGACUCACAACAGGACCUCCUCCAGCCUGGACAGCCAUAAAGUGGAGCUAUGUCGACAACUGGGAGAAAAGCUAGGCCUGAGAGAUGGAGAGCAGGGUUUCCUGAGACCAUGUCACCAGGUUUCAUCAGUGCGUCAAGUGUUUGUGGAGCCUUUGUCAGCUGAUGAUUGGGAAAUCUUGGAGCUCCACAGUGCCGCACUGGAGCAGCAGCUGCUGGAUCAAAUCAGAGUGGUUUUCCAAGAUGCUGUGUUUCCUGUGUGGGUGGACAGCCACACAGCCAUCUACAUCCAAAUAGCAUCACUUUCACCAUCCGUGCCCUACGGUCGCCUGGAGCAGUUCACAGAACUAGUUGUCUCUCCAAAGAUCCGCCCUGGAAUUGGCAACCUCAGUGGUUCUCCAGGGAGAACCAGCGAGGAGCAGCAUUUUCACAGACAGCAAAAUAUGGAUCAUUCCACCCGCGCAGGACCAUCCCCCAUUCCUCAAAACCACCAGUGGGGUGGUAUAGCUGACCUGAAGAGCCUACUACGCUAUAUGAUUAAGGGUACCUGUGGUCCAGUUAACGAGCUCCAGCCUGUACCCGACAUCCCCGCCCUCUUCACAGACUCCAUGUACAGAGUGUGUGCUGCACCUCCAGCCUCUCUUUGCACUAUAAGCCACGUCGCAACCGGCGUCAUUCACUUAUUCCCUCUGAGCCAUAAGUCAAAUGCUGGGCUUACUGGAGGUCAGGCCCCAGUGACUUAUGGCCUGCUCUUGAAGGUGCCCUCGCCUAAAGAGCAGAGGGACAGAGCCAAGCAGGCCAUGGAGAAAAAGAAGAACACAGGAGUUACUAAAGCUGCUGCCACAGCGGAUGGAGGAGAGGGGGUAAAAGAAGAAGAAGCUGCGGUGGUCAGGGUGGUGUGGCAUGGUACUGGGGAGGAAAGACAUCUCAGAAAGGGAGAGAUCCAUAGUGGAAGAGUGUGGAUCCCACAGCCCCUUGCCACGAGGUUGGAUAUCAUCCCACAUUCAACCGUUAGAAUUAAACCAGUCAAAUCGACUGUCAAAGUCGCCUCCUCUAUUCGCCUACAGCCCCUAAAGCCACUGCCUGAGGAGGAGGAGGAGGAGGAGGAGGAGAUUCAGACAGCUUUCCUUGGUUGGCUCCACACUCAGAGUCAUGAACCUUUAGCCUGUCUCACUCCACGGACUGGCAACAUCCUCCUACAUGGAACUGAUGCAAAGUUAGAGUUGGCUUUGACUGUGCUGAAACCAGAAGCAGAGAGUGACCCUCCAGACCAGCUGUUUUUAUUAUCACCCGCGGUUAUCGGGAAGGAACACCUACAGUUAGACAGAGAGCCAGUGGCCACGCCGGCUGUGACAUCUGUAGCUGAAACACCCAAACCAGAUCUUCCCUCCCUCAGUAUUCUUGGUGGGAUGGAUGAGCUCAGUAGGACUGGGUUCCAGUUCAUCUCCCACAGCCUUCUGGGUAGUCCCCUCUCACGAGAGCUUGGCACCGCUGGACGGGGUCUCCAAGGUGGCAGUCUACUCAUCACUGGUGCUAAGGGAAGUGGAAAGAGUACCUUGUCCCGAGCCCUCUGUGGAAAAGCUAGAGAACAUCUGGAUGCACAUGUGGAGGUGGUGGACUGCAAAAAACUACAAGGCAAACGGGCAGAAACCGUGAGACAGAUGCUGCAGGACGUUUUUGAGCAGGCGGAGUGGAGGCAGCCUUCUGUUGUUCUGCUUGAUGACUUGGACCAUGUGACAGGAACGCCAUCCUCACCUGAACAUGAGCAUGGUCCUGAGGCGGUGCUGCAGCAGCACAUUGCACAGAGUCUGAAGGAUGUGGUGGACGAGCUGGUGCUUCACUCCAGCCUGGUGUGUCUGAUCAUCACCAGCCAGAGUGAGCAUUCCCUCCACCCCUCCCUGACAGAGGUGCAGGGGUCCCACUUCAUCCAGGGCUUGGUGCACAUCCAGCCACCAGACCAGGCUCAGAGAGCAGAAAUCCUGCAGCGUCUGAUCCUCAGAAAAAACAGCCUAGCAGAGGAGACCUUACAGACUCUAGACCUAGCCGCUGUUGCCAAGGAGACGGAGGGAUACAUGCCCCAAGACCUGGUACUGCUGUUGGAACGGGCCGUCCACGCCAGCACUGUGCAACAAAGACACAGUGACCAGGGUGUGUGUCUGUCGUCGAGGGACUUCGUGCAGGCUCUCAAGGGAUUCACACCUCCCUCUUUGUGGGGUGCUGACCUCCACAGCCCAAGUGGAGUUGGGCUGGAGAGGGUGGGCGGGCUGAGGGAGGUGCGACAGCAGCUAAUGGACACCAUAAUGCUCCCUGCUAAGUAUCCCAUCCUGUUCGCCAAUCUUCCUAUCCGCCAUCGCUCAGGAAUAUUGCUGUAUGGAGCUCCUGGUACAGGGAAGACCCUGCUGGCCAGAGCUGUGGCCAAAGACAGUGGUAUGCACUUCAUCAGCAUCAAGGGACCUGAACUCCUCAGUAAGUACAUUGGGGCGAGUGAGCAGGGAGUCCGUGAUGUCUUCCAAAGGGCACAAGCUGCCAAGCCGUGCAUCUUGUUCUUCGAUGAGUUCGACUCUCUGGCCCCCAGGAGGGGCCACGACAGCACAGGUGUCACCGACCGUGUGGUCAACCAGCUCCUCACCCAGCUGGAUGGGGUGGAGGGACUGCAGGGUGUUUAUGUGCUCGCGGCCACCAGCCGUCCAGAUCUGAUUGAUCCGGCCCUGCUGAGACCUGGAAGACUGGACAAAUCCCUGUACUGCCCCCCUCCUGACCUGGAGGCUCGUGUGGAGAUCCUGAAGGCUCUGAGCAGCGGCAUCACCCUCGCUGCCGAUGUCGACCUGGAGCAGCUGGCUGCAGCGACGGAGCAGUUCACCGGGGCUGACCUGAAGGCCCUGCUAUACAACGCCCAGCUGGAGGCAGUCCACAACAGCCUGGGCUCCGGCACACCGCAUGAGCUGACCUCUGGCUCAGAAAGCGACAUGAGCCUGUCCUCCAUGAUCUUCCCGAACAACUGCAGUGGCUCGGAUGAUUCAGUGGGGGAGGGAGAAGCGGUUGCGGGGCUGGAUCAGUCCAUGGUUCUCCUGGAGCCCAGCGAGCUUAAAGUGGAAGACGAACAUCUUGGGAACGUCUGGAGACUCUACUUCGGAAGCUCCUACGAGUCGGAAUCAGGGAACUCGCCGAUUUCUGGACUGAUCUCCCAGUGCGCCUCUGGACCCAACUCCGGGAACCAUGACUUUUCAAGGGCGUCGGUCCGUGACCCCGGGGGCUUGAUCCCACCUGCAUACAUGUCGUCCCUCCGGAGCGGGUACGAAGAGCUCGGCCCCGAGCAGCUGGAGCGUCUACAGCAAGACGUUAAUAACAUCAAGAACAACUGCAGGAGAGGGAACGAGGACUGUGCGCGGGUGCGUUCAGCCUCGAGCCAGCCGGGCCUCCUGCUGUGUUCGGCUCAUGUGAACUCUGCCCUGGCCGCGACCAAGCCGUCUCUCAGCAAAGCCGACUGGAACAGAUACACAAAACUGUAUGAAGCGUUUGGCGGUGCGGGGGACGGAAAAUCUCCUCAGUCUGUCACUUUUAAACCUGGGCAACGAGUGACUUUAGCUUGAUCGGACGCGUCAGCUUGAUGCAGCUAAUUUCUUAUUUUGACGCCUACUAAUGAAAGUUGUGAUGGGUUUAUAAUUUAACAAUCAGUGGAGUUUAACAUUUGAAGACGAUAUGAACAAAAUGUUUAAAUGUUUCCUACUGACUUGAUUUAAAGACAUUUGUCUACUUAUAAUGUAAUUACUGUAUAUAUGUAUAAUGAGUAUAAAUGAUCUAAUUGCAAGAAUUAAACAUGAAUCUUUGUA